CGAGUACGACGCGCCCGUCGUCGGCGACGAGUUUCUUGCCCCCGACGAUGGCCCAAAUCUCGCCUGCCGUCGCUGAACUUCUCGGACUAAUAUUAGGAACGUUGUUCUAUGGUGCGUUUAUCGCUCUCUGACCUGUGUGAACGUUGAGCACUUGAAGCUGUGUUUAGGCGCGUAUGUCGUGCUCGUCGUUCUAUAUUUCCUAGUAGGCAAAAGCCGGAAGCGAAGAGGUGCCACGACGAGCAAGUCGACGCUCACAGUCAUUAUUGUCAAUAUCCUUCUAUUUUUUACUGCUACUGCGCAAUGGAUCAUCGAAAUUAUCCGAACCUUCAUCGCCUUCAUCGGUCGCAGCAGGGAACCUAACGGGCCGCUUCUGUAUCUGUCAUUGCCGACCAAUGGUCUGAAUGUCGCACGCCUGGCGCUAUACUUAGUCGAAACAGCCGUAUUGGCUAACUAUAGGAUGGUAUAUCGACUCUGGUUGGUGUGGCAUCGCAAGUGGCUAAUUGCCGCGCUACCUAUUUGCACAUACUUUGCCAGCGUAGUCUGCGGAGCGAUGUCUGUCUACCAGGUGCACAGGCUGACUCCGAACGAAAACCUUUUCGAGCUCUCCAGUGCACCUUGGUUUGCGUCUACUCUGACCUGCACCAUUGCUACGAGUGGAUACUGUUCAGCGUUGAUAUCCUACAAAAUCUGGAGCACACAACGAGCAGUGAGACGCGCUCAGACGACAUACCCGCACUCUACAACAACUUCGAGAAUUGUGGCUAUUGUCAUCGAGGGCGCUUUACUAUUCACCGCAUCAAACGCAACCGUCAUCAUUACCUACUUUAGCCACUCGUUCGCGAUGUUUACCUGCAUGGAUAUUGCGACCCCACUCACUGGCCUUGCCUUCUGUUUAAUCCGGAUUGUCCGUUUCGGCCUGGGCGGGACCUUCGAAGCCGACAGACCAAUGCUGCACACCUUAGAUCUUCGCCGAUCGGAAUUUUCGCGCUCAAAUGCCAGUCGCAUCGCCGUCAUGGAGCCAGUGGCCAUCAAGGACGCUACUAUCGAAGCUGUCGCGAAGACGCCUCGGACGAAUGCACUGCACCAUCCCCAGACCCACCCGCAUAAUUUUACCUAAUUCUGUAGUGUAGUGGCUUAUUAUGGACAUAUUUUUAAGAAAUAUUAUAUGCCAUACG